CGUUCAGGCACCACAACUUCCCCGCCAAACUCUCACGAUACCCCUCUUUUAGCUUUGUUCCUCCUGUAUACUGAAAGAUGGCUGCUCAAGUUGCAAAUGGCGGUACCGGUGGCGGCAACACUGCCUUCAAGGACAAGGAGAAGCCCAGAGCUGUUCGCAGCGCCAACAUCAUUGCCGCAAGAGCUGUGGCAGAUGCGAUCCGAACUUCUUUGGGACCAAAGGGCAUGGACAAGAUGAUCCAAACCAGCAAAGGCCAGACCAUCAUCACAAACGACGGAGCCACCAUGUUGAACCAGAUGAGCGUUAUGCAUCCCUCCGCGAAGAUGCUCGUCGACCUCGCACACGCCCAAGAUAUCGAAGCUGGAGAUGGUACAACGUCGGUCGUAGUCAUUGCUGGCAGUCUGUUAGGCGCUGCUGAGAGGUUAUUGGGCAAGGGCAUCCACCCCACAGUCAUAUCAGAGGCUUUCCAACGGGCAGCGCAGGAGGCGAUAUCGAUAUUGACCGAGAUGGCCAUUCCCAUCUCGCUCACGGAUAGGCAGACGCUCCUCAAGACCGCCACGACCGCACUCUCUUCCAAGAUCGUCGCUCAGGAGCCCAAGCUACCCAUCAUGGCGGUGGAUUCAGUCCUCAAGGUCAUCGACCCCAAGACUGCUGACAACGUAGACUUGAAGAACAUCCGCAUGAUCAAGAAGUCAGGCGGUACCAUCGAAGACAGCGAGAUGAUCGACGGACUGGUUCUCAACCAGCCUGUAGUCAAGAGCGCCGGUGGUCCCACAUUGAAGGAGAAGGCACGGAUAGGUCUCAUUCAAUUCCAGUUGAGCCCACCGAAACCGGACAUGGAGAACCAGAUUGUCGUCAACGACUACAGGCAAAUGGACAAGAUCCUCAAGGAGGAGCGAACAUAUCUGCUGAACAUGGUCAAGAAGAUCCAGAAAGCCAAGUGCAACGUCCUGUUCAUUCAAAAGUCAAUCCUCCGGGAUGCAGUCAACGACCUCAGUCUGCACUUCUUGUCUAAGCUGAAGAUCCUAGUCAUCAAGGACAUUGAGCGUGAUGAGAUUGAGUUCAUUUGCAAGAGCACUGGCUGCAAGCCUAUUGCCGAUAUCGACUCGUUCACAGAAGACAAGCUCGGUUCGGCAGACCUUGUCGAGGAGGUACAGGCAUCGGGCGCACGAUACGUCAAGGUUUCGGGCGUCAAGUCAGCAGCCAACACUGUCUCCAUCGUCUGCCGCGGUGCUAACAACCUCAUUCUGGAUGAGACCGAGCGAUCUCUACACGACGCUCACUGCGCCAUCCGCUCGUUGGUCAAGAAGAAGGCGCUACUUGCUGGUGGCGGUGCCCCGGAGAUUGAGAUUGCGCAUCAGCUGUCACUCAAGGCUCGUGAGCUCUCCGGCACUGAAUCUAUUUGCUGGAAAGCUUUCGCCGAUGCCAUGGAGGUCAUUCCGACAACACUGGCGGAGAACGCCGGUCUGAACAGCAUCAAGGUCGUCACAGAGCUAAGGCAUAGACACGCACAGGAGCAGAAGAAUGCUGGUAUCAGCAUCAAGAGCGGGGGUGUCAAGAACGACAUCAGCGAGGAGAACGUACUGCAGCCACUGCUAGUCAGCACCAGCGCUAUCGAGCUUGCAGCCGAGACCGUCAAGAUGAUUCUGCGAAUCGACGACAUCGCCUUGUCGAGGUAAAGAACUGCAAAUGCAUUGACUUGGCAGCAAAAGAAGCAGGAUACCACGAGUAAUGAAAAAUUCGAACAACUGUUGAUGCCAAAUAACUAUUUGGAAUGUGAUGACUUUGCAUGUGAAGGUUACGCGUAUAUUGCGUUCAAUGCAUGAACGGUGCAAUUAAAACCUGCACGUGGGGGAGCAUGGGACUGCAGUAGCGGGACACGUCUUUCUCUGCAGAGAGUCCAGAGAGGUUAAGCCGUGGAUCACUUUUCUUCUUCCAGAUGCCGGAUUCGGACCACUGUGAUCCUGGGGUAUGCACCUGAAAUGAGCAACGUUUUCAACUUGACUCGUUUGGAAAAUGGAG